AUGCAUCCCAGGUGCAGUGCCCAGGAAGUCUUACUGUGUGACGUUUGUGAAACUGUCCCCCUACAGAGUCACUGUGAACUUUGUAAAAUUGAUCUCUGCAGUAACUGUGUCGUAAAACAUCUCUCCGACUCGUCUAAAAGACACAAUGUUGUAUCUUAUAAGGAUAUAGUGCAUAUCCGUAAGUACCCAAAAUGUUCGAAACAUGCCGAGAAACACUGUGAACUUUACUGCGAGAAAUGUGACAUUCCUGUCUGUUCUACCAGUGUCUCACAUAAACAUAGUGGGCACAUUUUAUGCGAUGUUCUGAAAAAAAUCGGAUCUAAAACACAAGGUUUAAAAAAUGAUUUGGAAGAACUAGAGACCAGAACUUCUCCCCGAUAUGACGAAAUGGCCUCCGAUAUCCAAACUAAGAAAGCCCAGGUAGAAACGAAUUACGGGAAACUGUCAACAGUUGUCGGCCAACAAGGAGAAAUCUGGCACCAAGAGAUCACCGCCAUUGUCAACCAAGUGAAAUCCGACAUUGCAGAGAUGAAAACUAAACAUAUGGCUGCCUAA